AUGCGACCCUCGGUGCUCCGCGGGGCGCUUUAUGUCUGCUCUGCCUGCAGACAAGAGGCUACCCCCCAAAGAAUUUCCCCGCUCGCCCGUCAAUUCCGCCGCUACGCCUCCGACGCUCCGCCGUCGCUGCUCGAGCGGACCCGGCGCAAGCUUUGGGGCACCGACCAGCCGCCUGGUGCGAAGGACCCAUACACCGGAGAAAGCCAAAUCGCGCAACCGCUACGCUCCGGUGUGCCGGAGGAAUCCAAGCCUGAAGCUGACGGUCUUGCUUCCCCCGACGAGGAGGCGCAACCGGAUGAGCUGGCUUCGGCCGACACUUAUGAACAGGCAACCACCUGGCACGGCUUGGAAACCAUUGGCUACCUCGAGGAGACUGAAUGGCUCCGAGAAGGUUCUAAUGAGAAGGAUGAAUAUGUCCCAUACGCCGCCAAUAUCAAACAUCAAAAUCCCACCGACGCUGCUCACCAGGCCGCCGUGGAGCUCUGUCUGCUGCGCAUGCUGAAAAAGCAACACCUGACCACCAUCUGUGAUAUCUCCCAGCAUCACAGAAAGAUCCGGUCAAUGAUUCGACAAUGCCGAGUGGAUGGUUCUCCAGGCUGCCAAUGGGAAAAUGCCCUUCGCUUCCCGGACCAGCGGACCAUGGACGUGCUGAUAUUCGUCUUCAUGCAAAUCGCCCCCGGAGCUCGGGGUGAGAAAUGGCUCAGGAGGAUGGGCAGAUCGGCUCCAUUCAUCAUGGACAAGAAAUCCCCGAUCACGGAUGGCUUCCGAUCUCUCCCGUUGACCGACUUCAACACGAAAUUUGCCUUCAUGAAGCGGUUCGGCCAGUUGAUGGGCUCUCGUAUUCCGGACUCGAACAUCACAUCCUCCAGUACCAUCGGCCAGUCCAUCAACGCACUUUCUUCGAUCCCGUCCGCGGGCAAGCAGAGAACUGCGCGCAAAGUCCGUGAAAAGUUGGGUAAGAACGCGGCUGUGAAGCUGCCCAACGUCAAGAUCUACCCCAAGCGCCACACGCGUGCGGACAACGACCGUGACUUUGGUCGCCAGAAGGCCAUUGUGGCGGCGCUUUACAACCAAGGCCUGAUGCCCCAGAAGGGGCAGGAGAACUUGCUCCCACCCCGAAUCAGCUAG